GCAACAUGGGGAGCCAAAGAGUUGCCAGAGUGAAUUAUUCCUGUUAAUUGGACGUGUACAAGAGUUUUUCUUUUUUUCUUUUUUCUUUUUUUGUCUCGGUUUAUUAUACAGAAGAAAGGCCUCUUUUUUUGUGAUGACUCCUGUCGUGACCACUCAUUCUUCUUCCGCAAUACUAUUCUAUUUAUGAGCUCUCGUCGCGACGCGAACUGACGUCCAUCUCAUAUGUCUAUGCAUCUCAUACGCAUCAACUGGAGUCCAAAAUAGCAACAUUCAUUGCAUCAUAGAUUUAGCGACUUGAAUUUUCGCCAUGUCCUCUCAUGGGCAGAGUGUCAUGGACUUGGCGAGGAAAGUGAAGUCAGGCGGCGUCAAAGAGCAGGAGAAAUCCGUAGAUAGCCUGGCCCAGCUUCUAAAUCCUCGGAAUGCAUCUACGAAUCUCUCUGACCUGGGAGAUAAAAGUUAUCACGAGAUAUUUGAAGCCAUAUUCGCCUUCGUACUCAAGGAAAAGCCUGCUUACUAUGACAAGAAAAAAUCACAGGGGCUUGUCGUAGCCCGAUUGUCAAAAUGUGCCGUCGCAGUUAGGAUGGCAGCAAGUCGCGGCGCCUCCAAGAUAGGGCGGAAGACACUGCUCGCCGCCAUAGAUCACAUCACUCAAACCUUGCCUGGUCCUGAUGAUGACUUCGUACGGCCGCUGCUCCACGAUUAUGUCAAGGCCCUUACGGAACUUAUAUCUCGACAAGUCAACGCCGAGCUCUUAGCCAGAAAGGGUGCAGAAACUUGGCAAGACUGCGUUGAUUUGUUUCUCGAUAUUGCUCUUAACAUUCUCCCAAAUGAAGCGAACACAGCUUCAUUACCCCACGCAGCAAGGUCUUCCCCCGCACCAACAACCUCUUCGUCUCGAUCUGUGCCUCGAUCAAAUUCAUCUCUGCAAGCCCAGCGCCACACUGCUCCGGGUGAAGGAGGCCCAUUGAAGGAUACUCUUGAAGGUCUCUUCUACUUGGUAUCGGCAGCCAAUGCUCCUAUCCUUCAACGAAUGCAAGAUAUUACCGACCUUGCCCUGAGGAUACUGAGUAUUAAGCAUCUCAGCUUGGGUUCUACGCAGACGCUCUGCUUCUCAAUUAUCAACACUGUCUUUCGUGCCAUUGAAGCAGAUAACCUGGACGACGCAGUUACGUUGGCGAAGAAUGUUUUGCCCCAUAUGGGCUACUGGUGGCGCCCAGAAAAAGCCUCUCAGGACGAGCUCAUCAAAGGCUUACGGAAUGAGAUAUUACGGGGUAUAAUCCUCAUGCAUCUACAUUUUGAGCACCUCGCCGUCAAUCUUGGGGAUAAAAUCGUACGCAGUGAGCUGGAGAAUCUGGUGGACCCGUUAUGGCUAGAGUAUUCUAGGAGAGGUGAAGCGUUUCGGCUACAGCUUAGUGAUUUGACCUUCGGUCCCUCGGCUUCAGGAGGGCCAGCCAUGCAACUUGGUCUAUUAAGACUCAAACCUCACAACGUUGAAGGAGAGAGCCACUGGGCCAUUGUACAGAAUCUCGCUUACUUGGAGGCGAUUUUACUGCGAUCUAGAAAGGCUGUCGCCGAGCAGGAUGUGGAUAAUAGAGAGCAGCCUCGCAAGAGGAGACGAAUCAAUCAAGAUCCAAAUCCCAUCAGAGUCAAACUCAAGUCAGAAGAAGCUGGCGUCGUUCGAACUGCCUUGCAGCUAGUACCAUUUAUGCUGGCGACCAACACUCUAAGCCAUAGCGAAAUUGAUGAGCUUCUCGGAGACCUCUCUCACUUUGCCGGAGGCAAAAACACCAUCACAGCGUCUUGGGCUCUAAUCGCUUGCGCUAGCUGUGCACUUUGGUCCAAAGAGUGUCGACUCCAGUAUGACACAUGGAAGCAAAUAUGGCAUUCGGCUGCCCGAUCAAUCAGCCUACCAGCAACGAGUCGCGCUGCGUGCCUUCUGAUACAUUGCGUCAUAGAAACUGACAUACUGCCAUAUCAUAAUCUAGCAGACGACAUUAACAACAUUAUUACAACAGCUGACAUCAAUGGACCAGGCGUCAUAUGUGACACGUCUCUUGCUUUAAUGUCGCAUUUAUAUCACGUUCGUAACUCCAGGCUGCCUAGCGCAAGCCAGAGUACAUCAAGUUACAUUAUCAGAUGGAUUUUCUUGCGAUGGAAUCCGAGCGAGUUGGCAUAUUCAUCGUUCCAAUCUGCCCAUGUACGACCCAUUGACCUCGUUAACCUCCUACAUUUGUGCUGCGGAGCCCAGCCCCUUAGUACAAGUCGCCAAGAUAUUGCAUCUGGUGGUUUGUUGGGCGAGGCAUGGAUAUCCCAACGAGAGAUCGGAGAGUUCAAUGAAUACCUCCUCUUAUUAGGGCAUGAGACAGCUGAUGUCAUCUCUCACGAAUGUUGCUAUUUAUCAGCCAAGGAAGCUCUGCCUCUCACAGCAGAUACUAGCAUCUUCUUUACUUUGAAGAAGCUCGUCUUAGAGCUUCUUUAUCCCAAACUCGAAGAACUGAAAGAGUUGUGCAUCUCCUGGACCAAAAGAGCUAGUGACGGUGGGAGCCAAAUUUCAGCUAACCGAUUUCAAAGCCUUAUAUCUGCAUGCAUAGUAGGAACGCUAUUGAUGCCCCAUCUUAAGGAUCUCAAUUCUACUCAGUCAUCUUCUAUAGAGGCUCUCUUAUUAGAUUUAGCUGAGAGAGCUCUUUCAGCCGCACUGAGUUCAGUAGAGCCUACAGCAUUUAUCGGCCUGACUCUAAAAGAGCUGAGAUCAUGCAUACCCGAAAUCAGCACCGCAAAUCUGACCCAGUUAUUUGGAGAAAGCUCCGGAAUUCUCAAUCUUCUCUCCAAGAUUUCUGAAGUUAUAGAGCAGCGACAAUCAAGUCAGCGCUCUGGAAUCCACGCAGAUAUCAUGGACAUAGACGACGAUUUCGAUUCUUCUACCAGCCAAGCUAUUUCUUCAUCGAACACUUAUUCGGUCCCAAGGCACAAUGCCCAGCUCGGCCUAAAUGCUCAAGCAUUUUACAUUGAUACACGACUCCGAUUGGUCCUCUUGAGACUCAUUAAUCAGGAUAGCAGUCAGCUGGGGUUAUUGCCUAACUCAUUUGUUGACGAUCUCUUAGCACGGUCUGACGAUGAGUUCCUCUCAUGCCAGCGUCUCUUGAUAGAGAUCGUCAGAUCUGACCUUGUUGUUACUACGGAAGCAUCAUUGGCAAUUGUCGAGAGGCUUGGGAAAAUAGUAGGGAACCCAGAGUUUCAAUCCUGCGAAGUCGCGCAAACCACCUGCAUUGAGGUAAUCGACGGUCUCAGCAACGUCUGGAUCCAAGAUAACCAAAACCUGGCAGAUAUGGUUGGCGACCUAUAUGUUCAUUUCGUCAAAGUCUGCUUUCCUUCUAAUAUUCUCUCUCCAAAAACUCAAAUGUCACUUGCUCGUUUAUUAUUCACUCUGCUACGAAUUAACCCAGAGUAUGGAAAAAAACUGAAGCUUGAUUCGUGCCGAACCUCGCUGCUCUUGAUAAUGAAGAAGGGUUCAAUGAAAGUCAAAUGUUUUAUUGCAGAAAGAAUAGCAGACAUAUUCGAGCUAUACAUCUUGAUGCUGCACGAGGAUGUUUUUCUAGAUAUUCUGGACAACCUCCCGACAGAUGCUGAGAAUAAAGCAGGCAUCGCUUUCCGCCUGCUCGUACUAUCAAAGAUAGCUUGCAGCUGGCCUACUCUCCUGAGAAGGUGUGCCUAUCAUAUUUUUGAAACCCCAGGCAAUAUAUCUCAGUCAACAGACUAUGCAAAGCGAUGUUUAGCGGAUAUCUCAGUUGUUCUGAACCUCAAGACGCCGGCAGAGCUCUUUCAGCUAUUUUCUCGCCAACUUCUAUAUACUUGGCUAGAAGUUAAUACAGUGGAAAACAUUCCUUAUUCAAUCUUUGGAUAUACUAGCCUCGGAGAGCUGUUGAAAUCUGCACAGGCGGAAGCAAUUGGACUGGCAACAAUGCGAGGACAGGAUGCUGCAAGCGCAGAAAUAGCCCGCCUAGUCGGCAUACCAGAAACCCAACUUAUCCAACAAAACUUUGCAACCUCGUUAGCAUACGGCUUAUUGCAUACAUUGACAGAGAAUGCAAGCCAAGACAAGACAAAGGGGGGAGAAAAGACAAAGGUGGAAGAAAAAGUAAGAGGGGAAGAUCGCAUUAAGGGAAAGCUAGGUUCCAAGAUCUUUAUUGACUCAGCCUAUACUCAUUUCAUCGACAUCGUCGCGCUCUUCUUUGACCUAAUUGAUCAAGAAGACUCUAUCGAAAAGGUCUUCUUAAGACAAGCUCACCUCAAAUAUGCAGGCGAAAACAUGGCAGCGAUCAAGGCAAUUGCCCAUUCGCCAGCUAUCCUUCCGCCAAAUCAGCAGCCCAUGUUCAGAGCGAAAUUUGUGUUCAACGAACUUGUUCGCCUUUGUCAAAGCACUGAGUUUCAGUUUCACGACCUUUGGACACCGGCCGUUGUAGCUGCGAUUGCUCGAAAGCUAUUCAAUACGGUACACCCAGCACUUGGCUCUCUUCACGCAUGCUCUGUUCUUCGCAAAGUAAGGAUAUUAGUGUGCUUAGCCGGACCAGUUGCUUGGGAAUCAUACUGUUUAGAAAUGUUAUUGACCUCCAUUCGAAGCUUCAUUGUGGAUUCCGAAUGCGCAGAUGAUGCUCUCGGGAUUAGCCAGUAUUUACUCUCCCGGGGGAAGACAUACUUAGCCCAAGUUCCCUCGUUCCUUGCUGGCUAUUCUCUGUCAGCUUUGGCAUCGCUUAGAGUCUUCCUCGAAUCCAGUCAGUCGAGUACUACGCAAGAGAGCCAAUUCAAGGCUACCAUGAGUAAGGCGCAAAAGUUUCACGAGUGGUUUAGUCAGUAUCUAGCGGAUUAUACCUCUCCGAGAUUCGAAAGCCAGCCACAAAACGACUUAUUCAAAUCUAUCACCAUGUCGGCAGCUCAUAUACGGUCUUCUGGCAAUGCAGAGAAAAACACUUCAGAAAGCAAGCUUCUUUUGGAUAUCCUGAACGAUGAAAUAGCGGGAAGCCAACUUCUCAAUGAGUCUUCACGACAGCUUGCACUUGGUCUCCUCUGUGGCGAUUUUAUGAUCCCGACGCAUAUUAAAGAUGAUGUUUUGGAAAGUGACCAACAUGCGAUUAACCAUGCUUCAGCGGUGUGGAAAAGCUGUGGAGCUCAAAAUCUCAGCGAAAAUUACUUGGCUUGGGCAGGACGAGUUGUUGGUCGUUCAUUCCUAGCAUCUGGAAGCAUUCCUGGCGACAUAUUACGGGAGUCACGACUCGACCAAUAUGAGAAGAUAGCGCCGGGGCCCCAUGGAUCCGAAAUGGGACUCUUACAUCUCCUGCAAGACCUUACAACGAAUCCAGACUCAAUCACUGCAGGGUUGGCUGAAGCUACAUUGCGAACUGCAAUAUCACGAGCAGUUGUGGAAGAUGAUGCUCCACUCGUCACAGCAGGCCAGCGAAGUCUGUCCGAGUCGCUUUUCCUUGCAUCACAAUGGGGAUCGUACAGGACCCCCCCUUCAGAAACUACUCCGGUCGACAGUGACCAGUUUACGUGGACUGAAGAUAUCACAUCGAAAAGCUGGCUACCUCGUUUGAGUGCAUAUCUUGCACAUGCAGUAUCAAGUUCAAUUCUUCUCUCGGUGCUGUCAUCGGGGCUCCUGAAUGUCAAGGGAUUUGCUGAGAAAUCUUUUCCUUUCAUUGUGCAUCUGGUGCUCUACUUUCAAUUAGAGCAACAACAGGCGACUAAGAAGUUGCUGUCAAACGCGAUGAAACAAUGGCUAGGAUCAACUGACCAAACAGCUAAAGAGAAUAUCAAGUUAUUGAUUAACACGAUUCUUUAUCUCAGGACCCAAGAAUACCCUAAGGAGUCAUCUAUAGUAGAUCGACUGCAUUGGUUGGAUAUAGACUACGCUUUAGCAGCAUCGUCCGCAACUCGAUGUGGAAUGCACAAGACAGCUCUCCUCUUUGCCGAAAUAGCCGCAUCAGAAACUUCACGCACAUCUCGAAGGGCUUCUGUUGCCAAAGAAGCCGAUAUGAAUGAAACUCUAUUGGCAAUUUUUGAGAAUAUUGAUGAUCCAGAUGCGUACUAUGGCUUAACGGAGGAAGCAAGCUUAUCGAGCGUCCUGUCCCGUUUGGAGUACGAGCAAGCUGGCACAAAGAAUUUAGCUUUUAGAGGCGCUCAGUACGAUAGUCAUAUUCGCUUACAACAGAAUACUUCAGAAGCGGACGCGAAUGUACUCGUUAAGACAUUGGGCACGCUAGGAUUGGCCGGUUUGUCUCAUUCUCUAAUGCAAACACAACAGAAUCUCGGUUCGACUGCAGCCUCCAUAGAAAGCACGUUUCAAACUGCCCGAAGACUUGAAAUAUGGAAUCUCCCUGUGCCGGCUGCAAGCGAUCAUCAUGCUGUUGUCACUUAUAAGGCAUACCAGAUUAUGCAACAGGCAACGAGUCUGGCAGCGGUCCGAACGGCUAUUUAUGACGGUUUUGCUCGUACAAUGAAGAGCCUAGUUGGCGGCAGUCGCAACGCAACGGCACUGAGAAGCCGCCUUGGGGCUUUGGCAGCGCUUUCUGAAUUGGAUGAGACUUUGAAUAUUUCAGAUGUGGCUGAACUGGAAGGCUACAUGAAUCAAUUUCAGGGGCGCAGCCAAUGGAUGAAGAGCGGCUUAUACGACGAUGUCAGCCAAAUCCUCUCUUGCCGAGGAACAACAAUGAGCCUAUUUAGCCAACGAGCAUUGUGUCUGGGAUAUACCACGUUUCCUAUAGCAGCCAUUAGGCAAACGGAAAUUAAAUCAAUGCUUCUCGCAUCAAGCAUUUACCGAUAUCACCAAGCCACACAAGAAUCCUUAAAUAUUUCAACAGCUCUAAACGACCUUAUCAAGCCAUGCGAAGCUUUGGGUGUUCAUAUUGACGUGGCUGUUACGAUCGAAGUGGCAAACUCAUUGUGGGACUACGGAGAAAUGAGUUCAUCGAUCAAAAUGCUUCAAGGCAUUGACAAUGUUACAGCACUUAAGAAGCAAGCAAUACCCGUGAGCCGAUCUGACCUCCUUUCGAAAAUUGGUCAUAGGAUGUCUGUCGCACGCCUGGAGAAGCCCCGAGAUAUACAAAAGAAAUACCUAGAGCCAGCGCUCAAAGAUCUUAGAGGUAGCGUUGAAGCAAAAGGAGCAGGUCUGGUGUUUCAUCAAUUUGCUGUGUUUUGCGACGAGCAGCUUCAAGAUCAGGAUAGCUUGGAGGACCUCAAACGACUACAAAGCUUAAAGAAGGGCAAGAAUAAUGAAGUCGAAGACCUGAAAUUACUGAUCUCAUCUACUAAAGACUCACAGCUCAGAGCCAAAUAUACGCACGUUCUUUCCAAGGAAAAGCAGUGGCUCGAUCUCGAUGAGCAAGAGCUGCGCCGUGUUGAAACGACGCGGAGUGAGUUCGUUCGUCUGAGUCUAGAAAACUAUCUACUCUCGCUGGCCUCUUCAGAUGAGCAUAAUAACGAUGCCCUGCGAUUCACAGCACUGUGGUUCGAGAGGUCAGAUGACGAGACGACAAAUAAAGCGGUGGGAUGGCACCUCGCUAAAGUACCGACAGCCAAAUUCGCAGGCCUUAUGAGCCAACUCACAUCACGGCUACAGAACCAAGAUUUGACGUUCCAACAGCUCCUCGCAGAUUUGGUUUACAAUAUUUGCGUAGACCACCCAUACCAUGGCAUGUAUCAUAUCUGGUCUGGUACCAAAGCUAGAGUACAGCAAAAGGAUGAAGUGGCGAUUCUUCGCGUUAGGGCCAACGAAAAAAUUGCGCAAAGGCUUGCAAGUACAAAAGCUGUCGCUGAUGCGUGGGUCUCGAUUGAGAAAACAAGCAAAUACUAUCAUGUGCUUGCUCUAGAUAGAGAUCCUGCAAAGUACAAAUCCGGAGCAAAGGUUGCGUUGAAAGAUUCCACGGCAGCCAAGAAUUUGGUGACUUACCUGACCAAAUUUCACAUACCUCCACCGACAAUGCAUAUCGAGGUCAACGCAAACAAGGAUUAUUCUAAAGUACCCAUGAUCUCGAGGCUUGAACCAACAAUGACAAUCGCGUCCGGAGUGAGUGCGCCGAAAAUCAUCACUGCUAUUGGAACAGAUGGUAUGAAAUAUAAGCAGCUGGUAAAGGGCGGCCAAGACGAUCUUCGCCAAGAUGCUAUCAUGGAGCAGGUGUUCGCGGCCGUCUCAUCUCUGCUGAAACUUCAUAGAGCUACCCGACAGAGAAAUCUAGGCAUUCGAACAUACAAAGUGCUUCCGCUUACAGCCUCCUCUGGGUUGAUCGAGUUUGUCCGUGACACAAUUCCCCUACACGAAUUUCUCAUGCCAGCACACGAACGGUAUAAUCCUCGUGAUCUUAAGGGCACCCAGUGCCGGAAAGAGAUAUUCAACGUCCAGAACAGGACGGUGGAGCAGCGUAUCAGCACUUACAGGAAAGUCACUGAAAGAUUUCAACCUGUUAUGCGAUAUUUCUUCAUGGAGUACUUUGUGGAUCCCGAUGAGUGGUUCGCAAGAAGGCUAGCAUACACGCGAAGUACAGCAGCUAUAUCGAUGCUUGGUCAUGUACUAGGUCUGGGAGACCGUCACGGCCAUAAUAUCCUUCUGGAUACCAAAACCGGAGAAGCCGUCCAUAUUGAUCUGGGUAUCGCGUUUGAGACAGGCAGGAUCCUGCCCGUGCCGGAGCUUGUACCAUUCCGCCUUACCAGAGAUAUUGUAGACGGCAUGGGAAUAGCCAAGACCGAGGGUGUGUUCCGUCGGUGUUGCGAAUUUACUCUUGAUGCUCUUCGAGAAGAGCAAUAUUCAAUCAUGACGAUUCUGGAUGUCUUGCGGUACGAUCCUCUGUACAGCUGGUCGGUCUCGCCGGUGCGGCUGGCGAAGCUCCAGAAGGCUCGCCAGGAUGGUGAUGGAGCGAUUGACGACGCGGUUCAAGCAGACGUAGAUCCAAAGAAGGGGAAGAAUCCCGCAGGUCGUCUGAAUGAGCCGUCCGAAGGCGAUCGAGCCUUGGAGGUUGUGAGGAAGAAGCUUUCAAAGACAUUGAGCGUGACUGCCAUGGUCAAUGAUCUUAUAAAUCAAGCAACAGAUGAACGAAAUCUUGCAGUAUUGUAUUCUGGGUGGGCGGCAUAUGCGUAAAGGACGGAACAUGUACAUCUUAACGAGUGGACAUGGGGACUUACUGUUGGCAAAUGUGAAUUACUAGUUGUAGCCAGGUUGUGGAAUAUGGAAAGGGGCUAAAUUGUACAUUUCUUGAUGUGGAUAAUAUGAUAUAGUGGUGAUUUGCCAGUACAAAUUAUAUGGCAGCGAUGAUAUGGGAGUUAUAGGAAGAUAACCACACCGACUACAUAAUGUUAGAGGCUAAAUCACUGUAGAUAUUAUACCAACCACUACCAAAGCCAAUAAAUAGAGCGACACUAAUGAAUAAAACUAUCUGAUCCACGG